AUGGAUGUGUGUGGGUGUGUGUGCGUGGUGUGUGUGUGUGUGUCUAUCUGUGUGUCUGUCUGUCAGUCUCUCUCUCUCUCUCUCUCUCCGUCUCUGUCUCCUUGCCUGUCUGUCUCUCUCUCUCUCUCUGUGUUUGUCUGUGUGUUCUGUGUUUGUUUGAAAUUUUGGGUGUGCUGUAUUUCAGUGCAGCUGCCCAGUAGAUCCCAGUCCCAGCAGUGUGGCCAAGAUCCUGGGGCGUGGUUCGAUGCCAUGGACAUCGACCGCACUGGCGAUCUGGACCUUGACGAGGCUCAAAGCGGUAAGGUGCUGUGGCUGCGCGAGUUGGGCUUCAGCAAGCGCUUCUCGACCGUUUGCAUAGGUGCUUGGGGCACUGGCCUGCACCUCAGUCCUACAGUUACAGGAGCUUUGUUUCCUCCUGGCUUACAGGUGGAGGCUGAGGCAGUAGGUCAAAGAUGCAUGAAAACGCAUUAG